GUUAACCAACCAAUAAAAAUGUUUCCAACGAAAGAGUGAAGAAGCACCCGCACUGAGACAUUUCCGUACCCUCGAAUUUUUCGGAAUUCGUAUCGUAUGUUAACAAACCAGAAACAAAGACACCCAUAAUUCCACUUCUGCGUCCCAAACACAACAACAAAUCUAAUUCCUUCUUCUUCUUCUUCUUCUUUUUUUUCUUCAAAUUUUCAUUCUCUGUAUCAUAGAUCCUUCUUUCUUCGCUUACGCAUUUCCAACGAAGAAGUUGCGUAACUUGAUUCCAUAGGGGCCCCACCACCACCCAAGAUUUUCAUCAUUUUUUUUGCGUUCGUUCUCGUACCAAGUUUACAUUAUAAAUAUUCAUCAUGGUUACGAAAGGGAACCCUGGGGACAAUAGAAAUAACAGGAGUUCAUUGUCUAUUUUCAUCAUAGUUGGUUUGUGUGGUUUCUUCUAUAUAUUGGGUUUGUGGCAACGAAGCGGUUUUGGAAAGGGAGACAGCAUAGCUGUUGAGAUUACUAAACAUACAGAUUGCAGUGUUCUCUCUGAUCUAAACUAUGAGACCCACCAUGAUGAUGAUUCUGGAACACCUAACAGUUCUGACACACAAGUCAGGGAGUUCAAGCCGUGUGAUGAUCGCUACAUUGAUUACACGCCUUGUCAUGAUCAAGCGCGAGCAAUGACAUUUCCCCGAGAAAAUAUGGCUUAUAGAGAAAGGCAUUGUCCUCCUGAUGAUGAAAAAUUGUAUUGUCUCAUACCUGCCCCCAGAGGAUAUUCAACACCAUUUUCAUGGCCCAAGAGUCGUGAUUAUGUACCUUAUGCAAAUGCGCCUUACAAGAGCUUGACAGUUGAGAAGGCUGUGCAGAAUUGGAUACAAUAUGAAGGAAAUGUUUUCAGGUUCCCAGGUGGUGGAACGCAGUUUCCCAAGGGAGCUGAUGCUUAUAUUGAUGAACUUGCAUCUGUUAUUCCAUUGGACAAUGGGAUGGUUAGAACUGCAUUGGAUACUGGUUGUGGGGUUGCUAGUUUUGGUGCAUACCUGUUUAAGAAAAAUGUUGUUGCAAUGUCAAUUGCCCCAAGGGACUCUCAUGAAGCUCAAGUUCAAUUUGCUUUGGAAAGAGGUGUUCCAGCAAUCAUUGGUGUUCUUGGAACAAUAAUGCUGCCCUUCCCUUCUGGAGCUUUCGACAUGGCACAUUGUUCUCGCUGCUUGAUUCAAUGGGGUGCAAAUGAUGGAAAGUACAUGAAGGAAGUUGACCGGGUUCUUAGACCUGGUGGUUACUGGAUACUUUCUGGUCCUCCUAUCAACUGGAAGAAUAGCUUCCAAGCAUGGCAACGUCCUGAAGAUGAGCUUGAGGAGGAGCAACGGCAGAUUGAGGAUACUGCUAAACUACUAUGCUGGGAAAAGAAAUAUGAGAAGGGUGAAAUUGCGAUCUGGAGAAAAAAAUUACAUAAUGAUUGUAGUGAACAAGAUACUCAACCACAAAUUUGUGAAACCAAAAAUUCUGAUGAUGUCUGGUACAAGAAAAUGAAAGAUUGUGUAACUCCUAGUAAACCUAGUGGUCCAUGGAAGCCAUUCCAAGAGAGACUCAAUGUUGUUCCUUCCAGAAUUACCAGUGGAUUUGUUCCUGGUGUAUCUGAGGAAGCAUUUGAAGAGGACAACCGAUUAUGGAAGAAGCAUGUGAAUGCUUAUAAACGGAUCAACAAAAUCAUUAGCUCAGGGAGGUAUCGCAACAUAAUGGACAUGAAUGCUGGUCUGGGAAGUUUUGCUGCUGCACUGGAAUCUCCCAAAUUAUGGGUUAUGAAUGUUGUGCCCACAAUUGCUGAGAAAGCUAACCUGGGUGUUAUAUUUGAGCGUGGAUUGAUUGGCAUUUAUCACGACUGGUGUGAAGCCUUCUCCACAUAUCCAAGGACCUAUGACCUUAUCCAUGCAAAUGGCGUUUUCAGCUUGUACAAGAAUGUAUGUAAUGUCGAAGACAUUCUAUUGGAGAUGGACCGUAUCUUACGGCCAGAAGGAGCAGUAAUAUUCCGAGAUCAAGCUGAUGUGCUAAUGCAAGUGAAAGGAAUUGUGAAAGGAAUGAGAUGGAAUACCAAAAUGGUGGAUCAUGAGGACGGUCCGCUGGUUUCAGAGAAGGUGUUGUUUGCUGUCAAGCAGUAUUGGGUUGCCGGUGACAACACCACGAGCUCAGCAUGAUGGCCCAAGCAGUAUUAAAAUGGAAGAACAGUUCCAGAAUGACAGUUGACAAACUGAUUCUAGUAGAUUUGGAUUCAAGAUGUUCCCCAGCUGAGUAAGAUACUGGGGGCAUGAAAUUGUCUGGUGUCUUAACAUCAGCGAUCAUAGGUUUUUCUUGUUUAUUUUGUUAAAAUGUAGAGUUAAUACAUGUCCUAAUUUUUAGAGUUCAUAAAUCAUGGUCAUAAGAUUUAUUUAUUUAUUUAUUUGGCUUCUCCUGAGUCACUUUUUUACUUAUAAUACAAACUAACAAAGGAUUCUUGAGAUCAGCAAUCUAUGUGUAUGAUCUUGAAACUCAGGUCUUGAGAGAGCUGGGUUUUGGUUUUACAUUUU